UUCGACGUCACUGCGGAGGGGCUAGGCCUCGCCCAUCGGCUGGCCGUCGGUUACGUGGGGCCCAGAUAGGCUGCCGCGGAGGAUGCUGGGCCAAGAUGGCAGCGAUGAAGAAGGCGCUUCCGCCGCGGCUGGUGGGCUUGACGUUCUUCCGGGCUGUCAGCACCUCAUCUAUGGGCACUUUACCAAAGCAGGUGAAAAUUGUGGAAGUUGGUCCCCGAGAUGGACUACAAAAUGAAAAGAAUAUCGUACCUACUCCAGUGAAAAUCAAGCUGAUAGAUAUGCUUUCUGAAGGAGGACUCUCUGUUAUAGAAGCCACCAGCUUUGUGUCUCCUAAGUGGGUUCCCCAGAUGGCCGACCACACUGAAGUCUUGAAGGGCAUUCAGAAGUUUCCUGGCAUAAACUACCCAGUCCUGGUCCCAAAUUUGAAAGGCUUUGAGACAGCGGUUGCUGCUGGAGCCAAGGAAGUGGCCAUCUUCGGAGCUGCCUCAGAGCUCUUCACCAAGAAGAACAUCAACUGUUCCAUAGAGGAGAGUUUUCAGCGGUUUGAUGCAACCUUGAAGGCAGCCCGGUCAGCCAAUAUUCCUGUGCGAGGGUACAUCUCCUGUGUGCUUGGCUGCCCUUAUGAAGGGAAGAUCUCCCCGGCUAAAGUAGCUGAGGUCACCAAGAAGUUGUACUCAAUGGGCUGCUAUGAGAUCUCCCUGGGGGACACCAUUGGUGUGGGUACCCCAGGGAUCAUGAAAGACAUGCUGUCUGCUGUUAUGCAGGAAGUGCCUCCGGCUGCCCUGGCUGUCCACUGCCAUGACACCUAUGGCCAAGCCCUGGCCAAUACCUUGAUGGCCCUGCAGAUGGGAGUGAGUGUCGUUGACUCGUCUGUGGCAGGACUUGGAGGCUGUCCCUAUGCACAGGGGGCAUCGGGAAACUUGGCCACUGAGGACCUGGUCUACAUGCUAGAGGGCUUGGGCAUUCACACGGGUGUGAAUCUCCAGAAGGUUCUGGAAGCUGGGAACUUUAUCUGUCAAGCCCUGAACAGAAAAACUGGCUCCAAAGUGGCUCAGGCUACCUGUAAACUCUGAGGCCCUUGACCACCUGAAGCCCUGGGGACGGUAUGGAAAUAGGGGCACAAGGCCGGGCACGGUAGCUCAUGCCUGUAAUCCCAGCACUUUGGGAGGCUGAGGUGGGUGGAUCACGAGGUCAGGAGUUCAAGACCAGCCUGGCCAAGAUGGUGAAACCCCCAUCUCUACUAAAAAUACAAAAAUUAGCUGGGUGUGGUGGUGGACACCUGUAAUCCCAGCUACUUGGGAGGGGGAAGCAGGAGAAUUGCUUGAACCCAGGAGGUGGAGGUUGCAGUGAGCCAAGAUUACACCACUGCACCCCAGCCUGGGAGACAGAGCAAGACUCCAUCCCAAAAAAGGAAAAAAAGAAAUAGGAGCACACACAGAUGAUUCAUGGAUGGGGACACGGAAAUGAGAAUGUUAAUGGCGCAGGUACCUCACAGCCAGCUCUACACAGAGGUCUCUCCUGGCAGAAAGCAGGCAAGGGGCAGGAGGAGCUGCUUGGCCUCAGGUCCUUCACACAGACCUGGCCCACGAGUUGAAUGCCUGAGGACAUGUGGAAACCCCAUUCCCUACUUGGCAUGAUCCUUGUCUCCUCUCUGGAUGGAAUCUGCAAGCGGGCCACCUCUACACAGCUCCACCCUGGCAUGCCCUUGGGGCCAUUGCACUCUGACUUCUCAGGACACAGGUCCUGGACGUUCUUCCCAAGCUGGCAGAGGCCAUUUGCGGAAAGUGGAGAGCUUCUGCCAACUCCAGCAUCUCUGGAAAAUUAUGCUGAAUGUGAUUUUUGAAAACAGCUAAUGUAAUUAAAGGUUGAAUGGCACAGAAUCA